AUGACGUCUCUAUUACUUCUUAAAUCAAUGUUACUGGCAAACUUUCUGCAUAAAAAUAAAAAGAAGAAAAUUUUGAAAACUAAGAAAUCUGUUACUAAAAAAAUAAAUUUUAAAGUGUGUAGAAUUUGUAAUGAGGAAAAAGGACAUGUUCCUAUAUUCAAUAACUUUCUUCAGACAAACAUAUCUGAAGAAAUUAGAAACUUUUCCGGUGUUACUAUUAAUCAAACGGAUAACUUGCCUCAACACAUAUGUCAAAACUGUUUGGAUCUGCUGAAUGGAUGCAUUAUGUUCCGUGACAUGUGCCAGAGAAAUCAUAAGAGAUUGGAAGAACAUUCUUUUAAAAAAGAACACAAAUAUGAAAUUGAUAAUAGUCAUUUACAAGACAGUGAAGAUUCCUAUAAUAUUCCAUCACCUGCAUUUUCAGAAGAUAAUUCAGAACUAUGGAGUUGUUCGACAUGUAGUCAAGAGUUUGAUGAUUUGGGGUCGUAUAAUAAUCACUUAUCAAGAUGCAACACACAAGCCUCCGAAAUUUCCAAACAACUUGGUGAGGUAAACAAAAAGAAUUUUUUAUGUGACAUCUGUGGCAAAACAGCUAGAUCCAAUGCAAAUCUCUUAGUUCAUAUGGCUACCCACGAAAAUGUAUUUCCUUUCAAAUGUGACGCAUGUCCUUAUCAAGGUCGUACAAUGGAUUUAUUAAAGGUUCAUAAGAGAACACAUUUAAUUGACAAACCUUAUAAAUGUGCGCACUGUCCGAAAGCGACGACUACGUCAAGCAAUCUGGCGAAACAUAUGCGGCAUGUACAUAGCAGUAACAGGCCUUUCAAGUGCACUUACUGUGAAAAAGCAUUUUCUUAUCAGCAUGACGUAAAGAGACAUGUUAGAGACAUUCAUUUGAGACAAGGCACCGUGGAAUGUGAUAUUUGCCUCAAAAAAUUUAACACGAAAAAAAUUUUACAAGGUCAUCGCUGGAAAAUCCAUAAAAUUAAAGGAGAAAAACAUGGUCGUCUACCGUCAUAUUUGCAAUGCAGAAAUGAUAAUGACAACGCAAUAAAAUUUGGGAGCGCUUACUAA